GUGACGUCACAAGGAGCCGUCCAGGAAAUCUCAUUCCGUCUUAGGUCUCCACCUGUAUCUCUUCCUGAAAGUUGGGUGAGAGUCCUGCCUGUAGUGCAUUCCUGUUGAGUCUCUGACACGGAGGAAAUGCUCUCUUUCUUGGAUGUGGCCAUCGAGUUCUCUCUGGAAGAGAGGGAAUGUCUGGAGCCUGCUCAGUGGAAUCUGUACAGGGAUGUGAUGUUGGAGAAUUACAGCCACCUUGAAUUCCUGGGUCUUGCUGUCCCUAAGCCACACUUGGUGACAUUUCUGGAGCAAAGACCAGCGCCUUCAGAUGGGAAGAGACAAGAAGCAGCCACCGUGCACCCAGGAACAAAACCCAAUGAUCACAGCAGUUACAACAAGGCCAUUGAUUGUAACUCACUACAGAUUCAAUGUCAGAGACUUCAUACAAGGGAGAAACCCUACAAGUGUGAAGAGUGUGGUAAGGGCCUUAGUUCUUAUAAAACCCUUUCCAUACACCAGAGACUUCACACUGGAGAAAAACCCUACACGUGUAAAGAAUGUCACAAGGCCUUCAAUACUCGCUCAUCACUUUUUAUACACCAGAAAAGUCAUACUAAUGAGAAAUCCUACAAGUGUGAAGACUGUGGCAGAUCAUUUUAUUAUUCUUCAAUGCUUAAGCAACAUCAAAGGAUUCAUUUGAGAGAUAGCCAACACAAGUGCAAAGAAUGUGGCAGGUGUUUUUUCUCAUUGUCAUGCCUUAGACAACAUCAAGCAAGAUAUACUAGAAAGAAAUCAUACAAGUGUGAGAAGUGUGGCAAAUGUUUUUACUCCCUUUCAUCCCUUCGGCAACAUCAAGCAACUCAUUCUGAAGACAGUCUCUAUAAGUGUGCAGAGUGUGGCAAAACUCUGUCCAGUUUUAAAUUACUACAAAAACAUCAGACAGUUCAUACUGGAAAGAAAUCAUACAAGUGUGAGAAGUGUGCCAAAUGUUUUUACUCCCGUUCAUCCCUUCGGCGACAUAAAGCAAUUCAUUCUGAAGACAGUCUCUAUAAGUGUGCAGAGUGUGGCAAAACGUUCUCCAGUUUUACAUACUUUCAAGAUCAUCAGACAAUUCAUUCUGGAAAGAAAUCACACAAGUGUGAAGUGUGUGGCAAAUGUUUUUAUUUAUCCUCAUCCCUUCGGCGACAUAAAGCAAUUCAUUCUGAAGACAGUCCCUUUAAGUGUGCAGAGUGUGGCAAAACGUUCUCCAGUUUUACAUAUUUUCAAGAUCAUCAGACAAUUCAUACUGGAGAGAAAGCAUACAAGUGUGAAGAGUGUGGCAGAUGUUUCCACUUAUCUUCAUCCCUUCGGCGACAUCAAACAAUUCACCGUGAAGACAAUCCCUACAAUUGUGAGGACUGUGGCAGAAGGUUUAGCUCUUCUGUAUCCCUUAAACAACAUCAAACCAUCUAUUCAGCAGACAGUCCUUCUGCCCCUGUACAUUGUAGCAAAUGGUUUUCCUAUUUUGGGGAUCUUCAGGAUCACCAAACAGUUCAUACUGGAGAGAAACCCUUCAAGUGUGAAGAAUGUCACAAGGCCUUUCAAUGUCCCUUAUCCCUUAGUAGACACAAGAGAGUUCACACUGGAGAGAAACCCUACAAGUGUGAAGAAUGUCACCAAGCUUUUCUUUGUCCCUCAUCCCUUAGUAGACACAAGAGAGUUCAUACUGGAGAGAAACCCUACAUGUGUGUAGAGUGUCACAAAGCCUUUCGUUAUCACUCAUCCCUUAAGACACACAGGAGAGUUCACACUGGAGAGAAACCCUUCAAGUGUGAAGAGUGUCACAAAGCCUUUAAUUGUCCCUCAGCUUUUAGGACACACAAGAGAGUUCACACUGGAGAGAAACCCUAUAAGUGUGAAGAAUGUGGCAGGUGCUUUUCCUCAUCUUCAAACCUUAGACGACAUAAAAAAGGAAAAAUUCAUUCUGAAGAGACCCCAUAAAAUUGUGGGGAAUGUUGUAAUUCUUAAUAUCCUUAUUCAACAUGAUAUAUUUAACACCAGAGAGAAAUCCAACAAAUGUCUUUAAAAAUUUUCUUCCUCAAACUUUAGAACACACCAUAUGAUUCAUUCUGACUGCAAAUGUCAUGUGUGAUGUAGGAUUCCCCUCUGUAAGCUGUGAAUAUGUUUUAUUACCAUUGGUUAAUAAAGAAGCUGCAUCAGCCAAUAGCUUUGCAGAGUAAAGUCAGGCAGGAAAUACAAAUAGAGAUAUAUAGAGAGAGUAGGAAGAGUCAGAGAGAUGCCAUGUAGUUGUCAAAGGAGACAGAUGCCAGAACAUACUGCUAAGCCACAGUCUCAGGGAGAUACUCAGAUAAAUAGAAAUGGGUUAA